AUGGCUCGUGCACAGUGGUGCCUCAAAGCUCUGUGUUGGUGUUUUGCUCGUGCAGAAACCCUCAGGAACUACUUCUGUCAGUACGGAGAGGUGGUGGACUGUGUCAUCAUGAAGGACAAGACCUCAAACCAGUCCCGUGGCUUUGGGUUCGUCAAGUUCAAAGACCCAAACUGUGUCCGCGGCGUCCUGGACACCAAGCCCCACUGCCUGGACGGACGCAACAUUGACCCAAAGCCCUGCACUCCGAGAGGAAUGCAGCCGGAGAAGACCCGCACCAAAGAGGGCUGGGUUCUCUGUCAGGAUCUCUGUUCUCUGUCAGGAUCUCUGUAG